CUCGCAGUCAAUCUCUGUUUCUCCAUGGAGUCAUAGAGAAAAAACGUAAUUUUUAUCGAAAACAGAGCAAGCUAUUGUUCUGCAUUUGAAGUUUUUGGUGAAUGAAUUCGAGAUGGGUGAUUCAGAAACUGACCUCUCAAAUUCCUUCUUGCUUCUCCACCAUCUUAUGCACUUCGAAGAUCCUAAUCCAGCAGAGCCCAAGUCACCAAGUCUCGACCUUUCUCCUCAACCAUGUCGACAUCAGUCUCCUCUUAUCCCUCUGCGGCAGAGAAGGCUUGUUUCCUCAUCUUGGUCCUUCUCUCCACGCUUCCAUUGUCAAAAACCCUGAGUUCUUCGAACCCAUUGAUGCUGAUAUCCAUCGAAACGCCCUCGUUGUUUGGAACUCUCUGCUCGCUCUGUAUGCUAGGCGCGGUGAAUUUGUUAAUGCACUCAAGCUGUUCGACGAAAUGCCUAUGGUAGAUAACAUUUCUCGGAACACAGUGUUUAGUGGGUUUCUGAAGAACAGAGAGAUAGAGUCUGGUUUUGUGUUGCUUAAGAGGAUGCUUAGACCCGGUGGGUUUGAUCAAGCAACCUUGACGAUUGCUUUAUCGGUUUGUGAUACUCCACUGGUGACCAAGAUGAUUCACGCUUUAGCAGUUUUAAGCGGUUAUGACAAUGUGAUCCCAGUGGGGAACAGUUUGAUCACGUCUUAUUACAAAUGUGGAUGUUCGGUUUCUGGGAGGCGGGUUUUUGAUGAGAUGGGGCAAAGAAAUGUCAUCACUUGGACGGCUGUGAUUACUGGUUUGGUACAGAAUGAGUUACAUGAAGAUGGUCUAAGAUUGUUUAGUUUGAUGCGUAAAGGAUUGGUGCAUCCGAACUCAGUAACUUAUCUGAGUGCUUUAUCUGCUUGUUCAGGCUCGCAGAGGGUAAUAGAAGGGAAACAGAUUCAUGCUCUGUUAUGGAAAGUUGGGACUGAAUCAGAGUUACGUAUUGAGAGUAUGCUAAUGGAUAUGUAUACUAAAUGUGGAAGCAUUGAAGAUGCCUGGAAGAUUUUUGAGUCCAGUGAAGAAACUGAUGAAGUUUCGAUGACUGUGAUGUUAGCUGGUUUAGCACAAAAUGGUUCAGAGGAAGAGGCUAUACAUUUCUUCAUUAGAAUGCUUCAAGCCGGUGUAGAGAUAGAUGCAAAUGUAGUUUCAGCUGUUCUUGGAGUCUCUUUUGUGGAUAACUCUUUAGGUCUAGGCAAGCAACUUCAUUCUUUGGUUAUCAAACGAAGAUUCUCCUGUAACACCUUUGUUAGCAACGGACUCAUCAACAUGUACUCAAAGUGCGGAGAUCUGGAUGACUCACUCAGCGUCUUUAGACGAAUGUCCGAAAGGAACUACGUUUCAUGGAAUUCAAUGAUUGCAUCGUUUGCUCGCCAUGGUCACGGAUUAGCUGCCUUGAAACUAUACGAAGAGAUGAUAACGCAAGACGUGAAGCCUACAGAUGUUACCUUCUUGUCACUAAUCCAUGCUUGUAGUCAUGUAAAACUGAUCAAUAAGGGUCAAGAGCUCUUGAAAGAGAUGCAACAUGUCCAUGGAAUCGAGCCUAGGACAGCGCAUUACGCAUGUAUCGUUGACAUGUUGGGACGAGCUGGUCGUCUAGAAGAAGCUAAGAGCUUUAUAGACUCAAUGCCAAUGAAGCCUGACUCUCUAGUCUGGCAGGCGUUGCUUGGUGCUUGUAGUUUCUAUGGUGACACGGAAACAGGGAGAUAUGCAGCUGAGCAGUUGUUUCAGUCUUCACCUGAUAGCUCAGCUCCUCAUAUUCUGAUGGCAAACAUAUACUCAUCGAGAGGACAGUGGAAGGAGAGAGAGAAGACGAUCAAGAGAAUGAAAGCAAUGGGAGUGAGUAAAGAAACAGGCGUAAGUUGGAUUCAAAUCGAGAACCAAACACAUAGAUUUGUUGUUGACGACAAGUUGCAUCCACAAGUAGAGGCUAUACAUGAUGUUCUCUCUGAAUUGUUUGUUGUUAUGAUCGAUGAAGGUUACAGACCUGAUAAGAGGUGUAAUCUCUUUUAA